AUGCCGUCCAGCUCACAUGCCGACAAAUCGAGGCAAACGUCGGCCGGAAAAUCGUUUUUUGGACGCAAGCUGUACAAGGAAAAACCUGCGGAUGAUCGAUAUGAAAGUUACGGUGGUUCCUACGACAGCUUAGCUCCCCCGGGGAGUGCCGCUGGCUCUCGCUCAUCCCGCUACUCAAAGCGAUCUUCAAUUCAGUCCGUCGACAUGACCCAUGACAUAGACCCAGGCAGCCUCGCUCCCACCGCGGGUGUUAUCACUUCCAUCCCCUUCGAAAGCCUUCCCUCCGACACGCGCACACCCAUCCCGAUCGACAGCAUGUCUCGUCCAGAUUCGCGCCAUGAACCGUCGCCUAACCACCUGGGUAAAUCUGGGGCAGACUACCACCAAUAUCCCACCUGGACCUCGACAUCUGCGCCAAACGGCUCGCCCUCUGGCCCGCGUCCUCCCCCGCAUACCGCAAACACAACCAUGUCAAGUAGCCAGUCGGGCGCGGGAGGUGCCAGAUAUCAACAAUGGGGACGACCAGGUAGUUCGGCCGCGAACGUGGGACCCAGUCAUAAUUCCUCUUCGAUCGAUUCAUCCUCCAACUCCCGCACCUCUCUCGACCAGACAAGCCUUUAUUCCUCCAUUUCCUCUAAUGCGCGGGGUUCGAACUACUUCGCCUCGGACGGUUCUGCCCGCACCCUUACACCCUCGCAUUCAAGUGAUCGCAACAUCGGAUUCCCUUCAAGCGCCAGCUCUGGUCGCUUGUCAAACGCCCCAUCAACCCACCAGAUUUCCCAACCCAUACCGGCUGCGGUACCCCGACCUCAGGAUAACUAUCUCACUCGACCGAGAGAUGACAGGAUUGUGGAUCAGCUGUUUCUAGAGUUGAUGCAGAAGAGAGGUUGGCAGAAUUUGCCUGAACAGGCGAAGCGCCAGAUGUUGUCAUACCCCGCUUCAAAGAAAUGGACGCUUGUACACCAGGAUCGUCUUACUGAGUUACAAGGUGAACAGAAGAGACGGCAGAAUGCUCGCCAAACUCAUGGCCAUGAUGGUCUUUCUGGGUUGCUUGAGCGUGCUGAUGAGGAGGGUAGUCCGGAGUGGUAUGUGAAGAAGGUGAUGGAUGAUACCAUUACUUCAAAGCAACUUGCUAGUUUGAGCGUCAGCUUGCGGACACAACCCAUCAGCUGGGUGAAAUGCUUUGUUGAAGCUCAGGGUCAAGUUGCUCUGACCAAUGUCCUCUUGAAAAUCAACCGCAGGAAAGCAUCUGGACCCGUACCCGCGCCACCAACCGGAGACAAGGAUCUCGACCGCGAAUAUGAUAUUGCCAAAUGUUUGAAAGGUCUCAUGAACAACAAAUACGGUGCAGACGAUGCCCUAGAACAUCAAAAUGUUUUGGUUGCCCUUGUCAGCUCGCUAUCAUCCCCCCGUCUGAACACCCGGAAACUCGUCAGCGAGGUGCUCACUUUCCUCUGUCACUGGGGCGAUGGCCAAGGCCACCAGAAGGUUCUCCAAUCCAUGGACAAGGUCAAACAUGAUCACAAUGAGACUGGCCGGUUUGACGCUUGGAUGCGUAUCGUCGAGGUCACCAUCGAUGGCCGUGGAAAAAUGGGCAGUCUGGUCGGUGCCAGCGAGGAGUACCGCAGCGGUGGCAUCGGCAUGGAGAACCUACUCAUGGAAUAUGCCGUCUCAACCAUGAUCCUGAUCAACAUGUUGGUUGAUGGAGCCGAAACAGACCUGCAGCUACGAUGCCAUAUCCGCGCACAGUUCACAUCAUGUGGAAUAAAGCGUCUGUUGACGAAGAUGGAGGGCUUCCAGUACGAGGUCAUCGACAAGCAAAUCGAGCGUUUCCACGAUAACGAAGCGAUCGACUAUGAGGAUCUCCUCCAGCGCGAGAACAGCAGCGUGAAGGAUAGCAUCGAAGGCGAAGUCAAGGAUAUGAGCGAUCCCAUGCAAAUUGUUGAUGCCAUUUCGACCAAGAUCAAUGGCAGUCGCUCUCACGACUACUUCCUUUCCGCUAUGCAGCAUAUGCUUCUGAUCCGGGAGAAUUCCGGCGAGGAAGGACUGCGUAUGUUCCAGCUUGUUGACGCCAUGUUGAGUUAUGUGGCUAUGGACCGAAGGCUGCCAGACCUUGACCUACGGCAAGGAUUGACCUUCACCGUACAGAGCUUGUUGGAUCGACUGCAUACCGACGCUGAGGCGAGACGUGUGUACGAUGAGUCUCUCGAGGCCCGACAGAUUGCCGAGGCUGCCAUCGCUGAACGCGAUGAGAUGAGAGCUCAGGUUGAGCUUGGAGCAGAGGGCUUGGUCAAGAAGCUGCAGAAGCAGAUCGAAGAACAGGCUGGUAUUAUCGAGUUGCAACAACGACAGACUGAAUCUUUCAAGGCCGAGGUUGCGGAAGUCCAGCGAUUGCGUGCGCAGGAAUUGCAGCGGAAUGAGCUGGAAACUAGAGAACUAUACCUCAUGCUCCGAGAUGCCCAGGAUAUCGCCGCUUCCAAUGCUCGCAAGGCUGCCAACCCCGAAGCUGAGGCCAAUCCUUCACAGAUGCCCGGUAUCAUGGACCGGGAAAGGCUUAUGGAACGCUUGGAGCGUCAGCUUGAGCGGACCAAGACUCAAUUCAAGCUUGAGGGCAAGGUUUGGGGCCAGCAUGGACCAUCUGAUCGCUUGCGUGAAUUACGUGAAAAGAUGGAUGGAGAGGGCGAGGACGAAAGCGAGGAAGAGGAAGAUUAUGACUUUGCUGAGAAUACUCGCCGCAAUCUGGACCCUGGUUCCUUGGGUUCUGUCUAUCGCAGGCGCAGCCAUGUCCCUGAGAUGGAUGCCCUUGAAAAUGGAGAGGAAAUUCUGGACAACAAUGGCCAGCCAAUUGAUCGGGCUCGUCUUGCUGAUCUAUACCGUCACCGUCUGAGCCCUACCCAGGCUGCUGGACUGCUAGGCGAGAUUGCGUCCAAGCUCUGCCACCACCGCCCCCUCCUGGGGGCAAGAUGGUCCCUCCACCACCUCCUCCGCCUCCCCCUGGAGGCAUGGCUGUUCCUCCCCCCGCCUCCUCCAGGUGGCAUGGCUAUUCCUCCUCCUCCCCCUCCUCCAGGUGGCAAGAUGAUCCCCCCUCCACCUCCACCACCGGGUGGAGCAGCUGGACUGCCUCCUCCCCCGCCACCUGGUGGAAACAUUGGACUGCCUCCUCCUCCACCACCUCCGGGUGGUGCCAAGGGUGUUCCUGGACUUCCACCACCACCUCCACCUCCCGGUGGAAAGGUUGGAGCGCUACCUCCUCCGCCGCCUCCUCCAGGUGGUGGUGGAAUGGCUCCUCCACCUCCUCCAAUUCCUGGUGCCAAGGGUCUUAUGCCCCCUCCGCCCCCACCCCCCAACGCUGCAUUGGGUUCUGGCUGGCGACCGGCUUAUAUGGUUGGUGAUGUUUCACCAGGUACAACCAUGAUGCCUUCUAUCCGGCCCAAGAAGAAGCUCAAGGCUCUGCAUUGGGACAAGGUUGACACUCCUCAAGUGACUGUUUGGGCUGCUCACGCGCCCACCGCCGAACAGAAGGAAGAGAAGUACACUGAACUCGCCAAGAAGGGUGUGCUGGACGAAGUCGAAAGAUUGUUUAUGGCAAAGGAGACCAAGAUCUUCGGAGCCAGCACCGCUGCUAAGUCACGCAAGGACAAGAAACAGAUCAUCUCGAACGACCUAUCCAAGAACUUCCAGAUUGCCCUGUCUAAGUUCUCUCAAUUCCCCGCUGAAGAGGUCACCCGCAUGAUCAUCCACUGUGACAAAGAUAUCCUCGACAACAUGGUUGUCAUGGACUUCUUGCAACGAGAGGAGAUGUGCAAUAUCCCGGAGAAUGUCGCCAAGCUCAUGGCACCAUAUAGUAUGGAUUGGACGGGCCCUGGCGCAGCCAGCUCUGACCGUGAACAAGAUCCCACUGAGAUUACCCGCGAAGACCAGAUCUAUCUUUACACUGCGUUUGAGCUGAAUCACUAUUGGAAAGCGAGAAACCGAGCGCUUGCUUUGACACGCUCUUACGAACCGGAGUAUGAGCAUCUUUCCAGCAAAUUGAAGGAAGUCGCGGCAGUCAGCGAGUCACUGCGUGAUUCCGUGUCUUUGAUGAACGUCCUCGGUCUGAUCUUGGAUAUUGGUAACUUCAUGAACGACGCCAACAAGCAGGCUCAGGGUUUCAAGCUAAGCUCCCUCGCUCGAUUGGGCAUGGUCAAAGACGACAAGAACGAGACUACCUUUGCGGAUCUUGUUGAACGUAUUGUUCGUAACCAAUACCCGGAGUGGGAAGGCUUCCUUGAUGAGAUCAGUGGUGUCAUUGGUCUGCAGAAGGUCAAUGUUGAUCAGCUGCGUUCUGAUGCCACAAAGUACAUCAGCAAUAUCAAGAAUGUGCAGUCCAGUCUGGAUGCUGGUAACCUGAGUGACACUAAACGUUUCCACCCCGAGGAUCGGGUCAGCCAAAUCGUUCAGCGGUCCAUGAAGGAUGCCCGACGCAAGGCUGAGCAGCUGCAGCUCUAUCUCGACGAGAUGAUCAAGACGUAUGAUGACAUCAUGGUCUUCUACGGUGAAGAUAACGCAGAUGAAAAUGCCAGACGUGACUUCUUCGCCAAGUUGAGCUCGUUCUUGGUUGAGUGGAAGAAAUCCCGCGAGAAGAAUACUUCUUUGGAGGAAUCGCGGAAACGCACAGAAGCAUCCCUUGCCCGCAAGCGUAUCAAUGUCAAUCUUGCGAACAAUGGUCCGCCCACGGAAACUGCCCAAUCACCUGCUACCAGUGGCGCCAUGGAUUCACUGCUUGAGAAGCUACGUGCUGCGGCGCCUCAGGCCAAGGAUCAACGAGACCGUCGUCGUCGUGCUCGUCUCAAGGAGCGCCACCAAGUCCGUGUGGCCUCUGGUCAGAAACCGCCGUCUGAUAUAAAUGACGCGGAAGAAGAAGAUGGAGCCGAGAAGCCCGCUGAUGGCGAAGGCCGUGUUGAUGAAAAUGGUCACCUCAGCCCUCCCCCCACGGAGGAAGACGGCAAACAAGAAGCUCAGAUUUCUGAAGGAGAGGAUGUUGCCGAUCGUGCUGCUAGCCUGCUUCUUGGUCUACGAAGCAAUUCCGAUGCAGGCGGCGAGCGCCAAAGAAGGAGAAGAGAGAGUGCCGAUGAAGAACGCCGAAAUCGCCGCAUGAGACGCCGCAAUCCUACAAGUGGAAGCAAAGAUAGUGCCGAUGGUGGCCUUCCCACAGUGCAAGAACCUGCUUCUCCAACACAAACCGAAUCGGCUGUCAUGGAUGAUGCGCCUGCCAGUCCACCCGACUCUCAACCUCCGCCUUCGAUUGUUGUCUCGGAGCAGGACGACACAUUAUCACAAGAUCCUCCCUCGGAAGGCUCCUCGCCCCAGAAACCAGUCGAUCUGUCGGACUGA